CACCUGGAGCCUCACCUGACAGCUUCACGCCUGAAGAGACAUCAGCUGAUGGACCCUGUGGAGAACCUGGAAGACAGGAUGUGUCUGAAGCACGAUAAACCUCUGGAGCUGUUCUGUAGGACCGACCAGACGUGUGUCUGCAUGCUCUGCACUGUGUUGGACCACAAGAUGCACAAUGUUGUUCCUCUGAAACAAGAAUGUGAAGGAAAGAAGGUGGAGCUGCAGAAGACAGAGGCUGAAACUCAGAUGAUCCAGAAGAGACGACUGAAGAUUCAGGAGGUCCAACACAACGUGAAGCUCAGUGAGGAAGAUGCAGACCGAGAGAAAGCAGAAGGUGUUCAGGUCUUCACUGGUCUGAAGGAGUCUGUGGAGAGGAAACUGAAGGAGCUCAUCACUACGAUAGAAGAGAAGCAGAGAAGCACCAAGAAACAGGCUGAAGACGCCAUCAGAGAGAUGGAACAGGAGAUCUCUGAUCUGAUGAAGAGGAGCACUGAGGUGGAGAAGCUCUCCCUCUGAUCAUCUCUCCUGUUGGAGUAAACUAAUCACUUCUCUCACGUCCUUCAGGGAAAAUAUUUAAACUCAACCCUGUGUGGUCUACACCUCAUCUUCUCCACCUCGUCUUCUCCACCUAAUCUCCUCCACCUCAUCUUCUCCUCCUCCUCAUUUUCUACACCUCAUCUCCUCCACCUCAUCUCCUCCACCUCAUCUCCUCCACCUCAUCUCCUCCACUUCAUCUCCUCCACCUCAUCUCCUCCACUUCAUCUUCUCCACCUCAUCUCCUCCACUUCA